UGCGCCUGAAAAUUGUUAAACUGCUGCAGCAGAUUCGCGAUUCGUGUCUCUGGAAGGAUUGUUUCCGGAUUUUCUUGAUUGACAGGGUUUAUAAAAACAUUUUACGAAUCAGAUUGCCGUCACGAGCGAUUUCCUCCGUGUGUAGCAGCGUCAGCAAACUGGACGGACUCGUUCCUCAGGUGCAAGUGUGAGGGAGGGGAAGUGUGUUUACAUCGAGCAGGAACCAACCAAAAUGACAGGCCUUCAUUACCAGCCGCUGGAGUGCUUCACUCAUUAACCAGCGUGGGAGUCUCCGCCUGCCCCCCGCCCCUCGCUGCCACGUGGGAGGACCGCGGCAGGUGAAGUCAGGUGCUCGGUGCGAGGCGUGUUCCUUCACUCACUCCCAGCAGGACUCACCUGCCGCUGCGAUGACUCGGGCGAGUACACACCGACCGGUUUGAGGCGUCGUGAAUCCCGGAGUUGAACCUGAGACUACCUGAUUUAUUUGGACUUUCAAAUGAUGCGAGGGCUUCUACACCGGCGUGUGUCCCCCCUCAAGUUGGCCAUCCUCGGGGGCACUGUCUUCAUGGUCACCUUGGUUCUUCUCCAGUGGGACGUGGGGUCAUCUCCGGCCGGCGACCCCUGGUUUCGGGAACUGGUGGACAAGAAGGACAAAGUGAUGGUGAUAGUCCGGGAGGCUGUGAACAACAUCGGCUUCCAGAUCAGGGCCCCGGAGCCCCCCGUGGCCCAGGACCUUCCCAAGGAGGACGCCAACUGCCGCUCUGGAUUCUACACUCAAGCUGAGCUGAAACCUCACCUGGAGAGACCCCCGCAGGACGCCAGUGCCCCCGGAGCUGACGGCAAGGCCUUCCAGAAAGAUCGCAUGAGUCCAGAGGAGGAGAAGGAGAAGGAAGAGGGAAUGACCCGACACUGCUUCAACCAGUUCGCCAGCGACCGGAUCUCCCUGAGCAGAAGUCUGGGGGAGGACACCAGACCUCCAGAGUGUGUGGAGAGGAAGUUCCGCCGCUGCCCCCCGCUGCCCACAACCAGCGUCAUCAUCGUCUUCCACAACGAAGCCUGGUCCACGCUGCUCAGGACGGUCUACAGCGUCCUGUACACGUCACCGGCCGCCCUGCUGAAGGAGAUCAUCCUGGUGGACGAUGCCAGUACUGCAGAUCACCUGAAGAGGCAGUUGGAGGUCUUCGUCCAGCAGUUGAAGAUCGUGCGCGUGGUGCGGCAGCUGGAGAGGAAGGGUCUCAUCACCGCUCGGCUGCUGGGGGCCAGCGUGGCCGAGGGCGAGGUGCUCACCUUCCUGGACGCCCACUGCGAGUGUUUCCACAACUGGCUGGAGCCUCUGCUGGCUCGAAUCGUGGAGGAGCCCACCGCCGUGGUGAGUCCGGAGAUUACCAGCAUCGACCUCAACGACUUCCACUUCAACAAGCCGGUGGCCAGUAGCCGAGCCUCCAACCGAGGGAACUUCGACUGGGGGCUGACCUUCGGCUGGGAGCAGAUCCCGGCAGACGCUGCUGCCAAGCGCAAGGACGAGACGGCCCCGAUCAAGACCCCCGCCUUCGCUGGCGGCCUCUUCUCCAUAUCAAAGAAGUAUUUUGAGCACAUUGGAACCUAUGAUGACAAGAUGGAGAUCUGGGGCGGCGAGAACGUGGAGAUGUCCUUCAGAGUGUGGCAGUGCGGCGGUCAGCUGGAGAUCAUCCCAUGCUCCGUGGUUGGACAUGUGUUCCGGACCAAGAGCCCCCACACCUUCCCCAAGGGCACGGAGGUCAUCACGCGCAACCAGGUGCGACUGGCCGAGGUCUGGAUGGACGACUACAAGAAGAUCUACUACCGCCGCAACAAAAACGCAGCGGAAAUGGCACGGGAGAACAAAUACGGCGACAUCUCGGAGCGUCUGAAGCUGAGAGAGGACCUCCAUUGCAAGAACUUCUCCUGGUUCCUCAACACCAUCUACCCGGAGAUGUUCAUCCCAGAUCUGGUCCCGGUCAAGUUUGGAGCUCUGAAGAACUCUGGAUCCCAAAGCUGCCUGGACGUCGGUGAGAAGAACGAAGGAGGCAAGCCCGUCAUCAUGUACCCCUGCCACAACAUGGGAGGAAACCAGUACUUUGAGUAUUCCACCCAGAACGAGCUGCGCCACAACAUCGGGAAGCAGCUUUGUCUCCAAGCGACGCCGCCGGGCGAGAAGGUGAAGAUCGAGCUGUGCCAGCGGAAGGGCCGCGGGACCAGCGUGGGUUUGUCGCAGGAGUGGCUCUUCACGGAGGAGAACCUGGUGAAGAACCCGUCCACCGGCAGAUGUUUACAGCUGAGAGGAAGUCAGGUGCUCACUGACCACUGCAACGCUGCCGACCUGUACCAGCACUGGACCUUCAGCUGAUCCAGAAGACAGGACCUGGCUGUUUUUUAAUAUAUUUAUAUUGAGGAGAGACAUUCACUGGUGUUUGGGGGCUGCAUGCCGAGCGUGGACUCUGGAUGGAGGAGAGGCAGCGUGUCUGCGCACACACUCGUGGCCACAGCGUGGUCCGUCUUGCCUUUGUGAGCUUUUGUCUCACAGU